AUGCGGAUCCGCUGCGUAUGGGCGGCUGCCCGGCGUAUGUGCGGCUUCCCGGCCCUGGUCCCUCCUCGCCGGCUGGUCAGCGGCCGGGCCGCGGCGGUGGAGGAGCUGUUCGCCCCGGACGGGCCCCUGCGGUCCUUCCUGGAGCGCCAGGCCGGAGCUGGCUCCCCGGGGCUGGGUAGUAGGCCCCAGGUGGCGGCGGUCGCCCGGCUGCUAAGCGCCAAGGAGCGGGAGCUGCGGGAGACCGAGGCCCUGCUGCGCGAUGAGAAUGAAGACUUAAGGAAACUUGCCGAGAAUGAGAUAACUUUGUGUCAAAAAGAAAUACUGCAGCUCAAGCAGCAGAUCAUUGUGCUUUUGGUUCCCUCCGAAGAAGCAGAUGAAAAUGACUUGAUCCUGGAAGUAACUGCAGGAGUUGGGGGUCAGGAAGCAAUGUUGUUUACUUCAGAGAUGUUUGAUAUGUAUCAGAAGUACGCGGCGUUUAAAAGAUGGCAUUUUGAAACCCUCGACUAUUUCCCAAGUGAAAUAGGAGGCCUUAGACACGCGUCCGCCAGCAUCGGAGGCCCAGAGGCCUACAGGCACCUGAAGUACGAAGGAGGGGUUCACCGAGUACAGAGGGUUCCCAAGACAGAGAGGCAGGGCCGCAUCCACACCAGCACGAUGACCGUGGCCAUUCUGCCCCAGCCCACCGAGAUUAACCUGGUCAUCAAUCCUAAAGAUUUAAGAAUCGAUACAAAGCGAGCCAGCGGCGCUGGGGGCCAGCACGUGAAUACCACCGACAGUGCCGUGCGAAUAGUUCAUCUUCCUACAGGUAUUGUUUCUGAAUGCCAGCAAGAGAGAUCUCAACUGAAAAACAGAGAGAUGGCCAUGAAAAAGUUGCGUGCGAAGCUCUACAGUGCGCGUCUAGAAGAAGAGACGAGUAAACGCUACAGCGCCCGCAAGAUCCAGGUUGGAACUAAAGGAAGAUCAGAGAAAAUAAGAACAUACAAUUUUCCACAAAAUCGAGUCACAGAUCAUAGAAUAAACAAAUCAAUACAUGAUCUUGAAACUUUCAUGCAAGGAGAUGAUCAACUGGAUGAACUGAUACAGUCAUUGAAAGACUAUGCCGAUUAUGAAUCUUUAUUAGAAAUAAUUUCCAAAAAAGCUUAAGUUGAUUUGUUAUUAAUGCACCUAGGAAAGUGGCAGCAGAUGGUCCGAGGGGUUGGACACCUGCUGCCCGAGUUGGAGACCCCGCUGGAGCUCUGAGUUCCUGGCUUCGGCCUGCCCAGCCUGGCCAGUGCAGCUGCUUGGAAGGUAAAGCACCAGGUGGGAAGAGCUGUGUCUCUCAACUGCCUUUCAAAUAAACCUUAGCAGCAAUAGAAAACUUCCAAGAAAGUUCAAGCUAAAACAUCAGAAAUACAACAAUGACUACUCAUUAUUUAGGGUCCUGCCAGGAGAUACCAUUAAUUUGACUGAUAUUAGUUGUUAAGAGGAUGUUAAAGAGAACUUAAAUCACCCGGAUCGGGAAGGUACUCCAGGAAAGAAGCCCUUGGAAGGGGCUCUGCUUGCACACAGAGUUUAGGAGGGUCAGUGGGUGUGGGCUGCUCAGUGAUGGGAAUGUUGCCUGACCACAGCUGGCGCUCAGUGGCAGAUGAGGCCUCGUAAGUACAAACCUGAAACAUUCGGGGGCUGCUAAGCAAGACCAUCGGGACACGAGGAACAUUGUUUUAUGUAAUCACAGCAGGUGUCUGUACUAGGAUUCUCCAGCAAUGUGAAGUGUGAGCAAGGAAGAACUGAUAAUGGUGCAGUUCCAGGUUAUAAGGCAGUCUGCUGGAAUUUCUCUUAGAAGAGGAGGCUGUUGGUUUUCUGUAUUAGGGCCUUUGAUCAAAUGAAAGUCCCGUAUCAUAUAUGGUGGACAACCUACUUAGACUGCCCCUAGGUUCACUGUCAAAAGCAUAUUCUCAGAAAUAUCCCCCCAAA